AUGGAUAGACAGCGAGGGCUGAGCUUUGUGACCAGUCUUCACGCCGGCAUCUUGCUGCGAAAGGCUAGGGGUAAUGCCCAAUGGCGCAUCACCCCUACCAAAGGCGUGUUUUGUAGAGAGGCGACACACACACACUGCAGCAAGUUUUCUGCACGAUCAGCCAAGGACCGCCAUGUUCACGGCUUUUACCAGGCUCGGGCAGGUGGUGUGGGUGUUUUUUUUUCCUGCCACAAGCUGCGUCAAUCGUUCAUCAAGCCAAAGAGUGCAUGGUGCUCGUCUGACAACAGCAUGCGUCGCUCGCACAUCUGCCGUGCUCUGGUCGCGCUCAGCCUUCUCGUCCUGCUGCCGCUAUGUCUGUACGCCGGCCGCAGUCUCUCGCGGCCUGCCCCAUUGCCCUUUCCCCGACCCAACUUUGAGCAUCUGGACCACAGUCUGGCUCAUCCUUUGACCACCACCCGCGUCCCUAAGAUUCUGCAUCAGAUCUGGCUCGGCACUGAGACCCCGCCCUGCGAUUGGGUCACCACCUGGUCCCGUGACUUUCGCGCCGCCCACCCGGACUGGACCUACCACCUCUGGACGCAAUCCGAGCUGGACCGCUUGCCCCUGCGCAACCGGGCCGCCUACCUCCAUGAGGAGCACCCUGCCAACAAGGCCGACAUUGCUCGCUAUGAACUUCUCUACCACUACGGUGGUGUUUACGUUGAUGCCGACUCCCUCUGGCUUGGCCGCCCCCUUGAGCCCCUGCUUGAGCAGGCCAAUGCAACAGGUCUCUUCUUUGGCGAGGAGCUGCGCCCCGCCAGCCACCCCACUCCGCAACAAGAACCGCACAUGUAUGCCGUCGGUGUCAUUGGCGCUGCUCCCCACCACCCGGGCCUCGAACUCGUCAUUCGCAACCUCAAUCACUCUUACUUUCAGCUCCGCGUCGUGGAACGCGUGGCCCGUUGGCAAGUCACUGGCCCAGACUUUGUGACUGCCACCCUGCGUCAAGUGCCCGUGACCCUCAUCCCCGCCCACAUCUUUUACCCGGGUGGUUGGUGGAAAUCCGACCCCCACACCACUCCCGCCGAAGCCCGCCAACGCUACCCCGACAGCCUCAUGUUUCAGUUUGGCCUCAGCACCUCCAAACGCAUCACGCGUUAUCUUACUGAUGAUGGCCUCUGGCCCGCCCUGUGGCCUUGGGCCGCUCGCCCGCCAACCUCGACUUGCGUUGUGUCCUCUGACGCCCUGUCCCCCUUUCAAUCCUCGAGCAACCCUUGAGUUCUUCCCGCUUGCCGCUCCCUUGGAAGCAGCAACUCCUUCCGCCCCUCUUUUUCGAAUGCCAAUAAUUCUUAAAGAGUUGCGCGUCUGAGACGCCCCCUCGCCCGACUAGUCAGAAUAGGCCGAUGAUUGACAUACUGAAAGUAAGAAGCAAAGAUUCAUUCCAUGCACUC